AUGUCUUCUUCCAAAAGGCCUAGCAAAGAAAAACCCCAGUCAGAAACACCAACACCCCCAAUACCUUCAUUUGAUCAACCGAUUUCUCACCUCCGUUUUACCACUACGGCGGUAUGCUUCCGUAUUUUCCACAACGACCAGCGCACCACUACCACAACACCACCACUACCACUACCCGACCCAGAUUUUAAUCCAUUUGAUUUUUUGUCUCAACCCGAGUUUGUUCAACAAACACAAACACAACCAGAAACAGUCGUUUCUGAUUCUGAACCAGAAUUCGUUAUAGAAACUCAACCCACUCGAGCAGCAACUAAAAGAAAAGAGAAGGCGGAGGCUAGAUGUUGGGAACCUUUGGAAGCAUUAGUGUUGGCACAAUCUUGGAUCGAUAUUUCAGAAGAUGCGACGGUUGGAAAAGACCAAAAGCAUGACCGCUUUUGGAUUCGCGUUUUACACAGCGGGGGAGGGAGUGCCGUUUCGGUGGCACCACUCCCUCCGGCCUUACCACCAGGGUAUGACACACAGGUAGGGGACAAAGGAAGCCAGCUGUCAGGGGGUCAAAAGCAACGUAUUGCAUUAGCUCGUGUAAUGAUCAAAGAUCCUAAGAUUCUUCUUUUAGAUGAGCCCACAAGUGCUUUAGAUUCAAACUCUGAGUCUCUUGUUCAACACGCCAUUGAUAACAUCUCAAAAGGAAGAACCACAAUUGUGAUUGCUCAUAGACUCGCAACUGUCAGAAAUGCUGACAUGAUUGUUGUUCUUGAGCAAGGAUCUGUUGUGGAAAUCGGUGACCAUAAUCAGCUCAUGACAAGAGAAGGAGCUUACUUUUCUCUCAUCAAGCUUGCAUCUGAAGCGGUUUCAAUGAGCCCAGUAGCCGAAAAGGGCGAAAUGGGUAUUAUAAAUCAUGAAGCAUCUGGUACUUAUGAUCUGUUGAAAUCAAACCAUGUAAAUGAGAUUUCGUUAUCUGGGUACAUGAAAUCCGCUCAAGAAGCAAACCAAGUAGAAACAGAGAAAGUAUCAUCAUAUGGGAUUUCUCAAGUAUGGAAAUUACAGAAAUCAGAGGCGAAUUUGCUUUUUGUUGGUGUAAUUUUUGGUAUACUCGCAGGUGCGAUCCUCUCUCUAUUUCCAUUGGUUUUAGGUCAAGCCCUAAAAGUCUAUUUCAAUCCAGAAAAAUCAAAAUUAAAGAGAGAUGUGGGGUACCUUUGUUUGGCAUUGAUCGGAUUAGGGUUUGGGUGUAUUCUCACCAUGACGAUUCAACAAGGGUUCUGUGGUUUGGCGGGAACAAAGCUCACCAAGAGGGUUCGUGAUGUUCUUUUCCGGUCAAUACUGAAACAAGAACCGGGUUGGUUUGACUCAGACCAAAACUCAACCGGAAUACUUAUUUCAAGGUUGUCUGUUGACUGUAUAAGUUUCAGAUCAGUUCUAGGAGAUAGAUAUUAUGUUAUAUUCAUGGGUUUGAGCUCAGCUGCUGUUGGACUAAGAGCAUCCACAUCGGUGCAAUGUGGGGAGCUUGCAAUACAUGCCACAUAA